UAAGUCUGCUCGCCGAUUGCGAGGUGCGAUUGUCGAUUGUUUUGCUGCUGCUGUUCCGAAGUGCAGUGUGCGAAGAACCGUGGUAUAUCUUAACAUUUGUGUAGAAUUACUGCUAUUUGGAUUGAGAUUGUUUAUGAAAUCGAGAUUGCGUACCCUGUGAAGAAUACUUUUGUGGAGCUAUGAAUGCCCAGGCGUGGACAGAUUUCUUCAAAGAAGCAGGUCUUGGACCUGAUGUGGCUGGAAGUUACGGCAAUAUAUUUUUUAUGAAUAAAAUAGAAAGAAGUCACUUACCGUACCUCAACAGAGAGGUCUUAGGAGAAAUGAAUAUCUCAGUUCUUGGUCAUAUUCUUAUGAUUCUGAAACAUGCUCGGCUAGUUAGUGAUAGGGUGAAAAGUUCAACAUCUGCUGCGUGCUUUGCUCCACCAUCUGAGAGUGAGGACCAAAUCAGUCCAACUGCUGGGACCAGACAAGAUAUUGAAGGUUCUACUUCAGAAAGUGAUAUACAACCUGAGGCACAGCAGAGCCAGUUGGAUUCACGUGGUGGAUCACAAUCUCCAAAAGCUUCAUCAUCUUUCAACAAGUUAGAUUGUGAAAUGGGGGACAGUGGGGUGACUGAAGCAUCUGUCAUCAAGGACUGCGAGAAUGAGAGCUCUGAGGAAGCAAUAAAUAGUGCAGUUGAGGUCUCACAGUCAGAGAAAUCUGAGCUUAGUUCUCAGCCUGUUCUUGCAGAGAAGGAAAGUCCUGGGAAACCAACUGACUCUUCGGGCUCGAAUGGAGUAGAAGAAAAAGAUGACACAAAUGAGCAACAGUCUUCUUUGUUGCCGACGCCACCUAUGCCACACAAUUGGUUGGAUCCAUCCAGAAAACAUUUUGAGUCAGAUGGAGCUGGAGAUGAUGGUGGUGAUGAUAAAGCAGCCUCAGAGGUAGCUACCAAUCAUGAAGGGCAGGAUGGGAGUAAUCCAGAUACUGCAGAAAGGGAGCAGGAAAAUAAAAGCAAAAUCUUGGCAUACACACAGGAAAAUGAACAUGAGAGGCCGCCAAUAUUACCAGAAAAGAUAUGUUCACCUUUACUGCCAACACCUGUAAUGCCAGAAAACUGGUUGGACCCAUCAAGAUCAUCAACUGACAGUAGCUUCACAGCAUUUUCUGACAGAGGCCAUACAACCCCAUUUUUUCAAAGUGAAUGUGUUGGUGACGUACCAACUAGUUCGUUUCUUCCAGAAGCUAAUAUGAACACUAACAUGAAUCUGUAUGAUCAUUUUAUUCCAGCAUCAGAUACUGCAAAUACAGAUCCACUCUAUCCUCAAGCCUCAUUGUUCCCCAAUGAUAAUAGUCAGUCACAGAAUAAUUCAACAUUUGACCCCUAUGCCGAAUAUAAUGAUCAGUCCAUGCAGGAAAGGAAUUUCAAGGCAAAAAGCAAUCCGGCAUGGAAUAAACAGAUGAGACAGACACAGCCGUACUACAGACCUCAGCCUCAGUCAGCAUAUGGGACUAGCAAUUAUCCUUCACAGCCUGGUUUUCAAAAUAAUGCGCCUGGAACAUUAAACAUGAGUUCUGGUUAUAUGUACAAUACACAACCACCAAAUGAGAGGAGAGAGGUACACCAAUGGAAGUACUGAUAUGCUGAAUGAAGGUGCCUUAUCAGAGAUUCUGGAGAAUCUGCUAAAUAGAAGAUCCAUCCAUUGUGAUAAUACUGCUGAAGUAAUGUAAGCUGUUAGCAGGAAAUAGUGUUUCUUUGACUGAAGUGACUGAUUAUUUUAGAUAGAGCUUGAAAUGUCAUAGAUAUUUUUUGUGAAAGAUGUAAGAUAAUGUGUAAAGAAGACUCGUCAAUCAUCGAUUCACACACUGAAAGUGUUUUGUGUAAUAAUGUUUGUUGUACACAUUGGUAUCAGCUGACAAAAUGUUUUCUGUGAUAGGCAUUGGUAUACAGUUGUAUAUGGAAAUGCCAAAAGCUCACGAAACAAAAAUUUUAUGGAAUUAUGACUUUGUAAUUAUUUAGGAUCUUUGUGCUACAUUUGUAUUAUAGAUAUUUGUGGUUCAGUAAUAAGAAAACACUGGCACUCGCCAUGGAGUCAAGAUAAAUUAAUUGUAUUUGAUUAUUCUAUCUCAUAAUUUCUUGACUUAACUAUACCAAUAGAUUUUAAACUUUGCACAGUGUCUUUCUAGUUUUUUCCCCUUGAUUUGUGGCUGAUAAAGUACCUGACAGAAUUCUUUCCUUGAAGGCACUGAUAAUGGCAGUGUUGGCUAAAAUGUUAAUAAUGAUGAAACCCACAUUAGAUCAGCCAUUAAUGUUGGGAUAUUGAUUGUCGGAAUGUUUAUUUAAAUUUACUUACCCAAAAAUGUAAUAAUGUUCAUAAAGCUGUUUUCAUAUGGAUGGGUUAAAAAUGAAAAAAGCAAAUAAAGACAACUGGAAAGCUGCACUUCCUUGCUGAAUGAAAUGCUGUGCUGACAACGUAGUAAAUUACCAUACAUUUGGGACGAAGACUGAGAAAUGUUAGGAAGUGAUAAUGUAUUAACAAAUUUUUAGUAGCCUAACAAUUUGAAACAAUGAAGCACUUCCUUAUUUUUCCAUUAAGUGCCACUUUUGCCAUUCACUGUUGUAAUAUCUCUUGUAUCCUGUGUAAGGAGAUAAGUGUUAAUAUCUUGUUAUUACUUUACUUUCCAUCAGAAGUGGACUUCAAAUAUAUUUUGGUUAAGUUGUUGGUUUUUACUAUACUGAAUAUGAUGUUACAAUCAUAUUUAUUGUUAUAUCUAUUAAAGAAAUGAAAACAUUAA